AUGGUAGUGGCAUCUGGAACAAAUUCCUUCGCCAAGGAAAUGGCCAUCAGAAAACGAAUUGCCUGGAUGCUUUUGCAGCAAGCUAAAGCCUUUAAGUCAUCCGGAAGCUUAGCAAUAGCUGCAACCAAACAAUUAUGCCUAAUGCCUAAGUUAGUAGCUUUUUCAGGGGAAUACAAUGACUACUUGGAGGAAGUUGAGGACAUGAUAGUUAAUUUAGUCGAUGGAGUAGAUGUUCCUGCUAUUGAAGCAAGAAUUAUCGAGUACCAGAGAGAAAAUGCAGAACAGAUCAUGAAUGCUCAAACCCGCAAGGCUGAAGAAUAUGCAGCUGCUUUGGCAGCAAGCAAGGGUCAACUUCCGCAGACGCGUGUUGAUAUUUCAUCAAGCUCCCAAGCAGGGCCAAGUGGUGUUGCUGAAGGGCAAUACGCGCCAGCUGUUGCUGGUGGAAUCACACAGCCCCGUCCAGUGGGCCCUCAGCAGGUCCCUCUUGGGCCUGGACUUGACGCAUUGGGCCUUGAGUACGAAGAUGAAGAGGCCAUCAAACUCCGGGCUGAAAAGGCUGCCAGGGCAGGCGGGUGGAGUUUGGAGAUGACCAAAAAACGGGCUCUUGAUGAAGCUUUUGCUAGCAUUUGGAUAUGA